UCAGAGACAGUGGCAUUUCAUUCAACGGGCCCUCCCAUUGGAGGCGUGGCUUUAUUUAUACCCAUCAUUGACCUUUAACCUGUUACGCUAUUGGCUUCCAGUCAUGCACAACAAAUAACACAAAUUGGUAACAUAUUUACCUGAAUGUUAACAGGACUGGACGCGUGAUCUGGACUCCGUGGAGAACACAAGGCCGACUAUUCCUCCCGGCAGGUGAGAAGCUGUUCUCAGACGGAGCCCUGACUGCCGAUCCGGUCCUGGAAGCUGGGAAAAUAACUUACACGUGUGCUCUACAGUUGUUGGGAACCAUGGUUCUGAACAUCCCCGGUGUGGUUGCAGUGGUGAUUUUCUACAUCCUGAUUCUGGGCACAGGGGUGUGGGCUGCCCGAAAGUCAAGGAAAGCUGAGAGGAAGAGCCAUGGAGACCGGACGGAGGCGGUGCUCCUCGGAGGCAGGAGCAUCAGCCUGCCGGUCGGGAUUUUCACCAUGACCGCUACCUGGGUUGGAGGUGGAUUUAUCAUGGGUUUGGCUGAGGCUGUGUACUCUCCUAAAAUGGGCUUAAUAUGGGCUCUUAUGCCUCUACAAUACUCAGUGUCCUUCAUUAUAGGUGGUAUUUUCUUUGCAAAGCCAAUGAGGGAUAAGGAGUAUGUCACCAUGAUGGACCCUUUCCAGAUAAAGUAUGGCAAAGUUCUCAGCACUGCUCUGGUGCUGCCGGCGCUGCUAGUGGAUGUGCUGUGGGUGUCCUGCACUCUGCUUAGCUUAGGAGCAACUAUGACUGUGAUACUGGACCUGCCCUACGCCUAUUCUGUUUGGAUCUCAUCAUCUGUGGCCAUCAUCUACACGUUGUUAGGUGGUCUUUAUUCAGUGGCCUACACUGAUGUCAUCCAACUCUGUCUCAUUUUCUUUGGUUUGUGGUUGUGUGUCCCCUUCCUGCUGCUCAACCCGUCAUCUACUAACAUUGCCCAGACUGCUUUCAAUCACACGUUCCAAGAACCCUGGGUCGGCACUCUGCGGCAGGACCAAGUCUGGAAGUGGAUUGAUGACUUCCUAAUGAUCGGUCUUGGUAGUCUUUCAUUUCAGUGCUUCCACCAGAGGACGCUCUCUGCCUCCUCUUCACGUACAGCCCAGCUAACCUGCUAUGCUGCUGCUCUUUCCAUCGCCAUACUGGGAAUCCCUCCAGUCUUAGUUGGGGCUAUUGCCGCCUCUACAGACUGGAACCUGACUCAGUACGGUUCCCUAUCACCAGACGGCCGUGUUGAGCCUAGUUUGGUCCUGCCCCUGACUCUACAGUACCUCACUCCGCCUUAUAUCUCAAUCAUUGGAAUCGGAGCAGUGGCUGCUGCUGUGAUGUCAUCAACAGACUCUGCCCUGUUGUCUGCAACCACUGUAUUCUCUUCAAACAUCUACAAGAACAUCCUGCGUAAACAGAAUCUCAAAGAAGAAGUUGGGAGUGAUGCCGAGUGUGACGAGAACCGACAUGCAGUGGCCUUACAGCCAAUGCUGCAGACUGGAUCGUAA